GUCCGUAGUCUCAAGCUUAUGCACUAUUCUUUACAUCUGGAAUAAUGUAUCACACGUCUACACCCGCCUGUUACUCAAUUAUAGACUAUUAUAUAGAACACACGAUAUAAUCGUAGUGCUUCAGGUCGUAUAGUUAACAUCACGGCGGGGCCAAGGCUAAGUGCACAUCAUAUUACUGGUCGUAUUCUUAUAUUACAGGUCGUAUAGUUAACCACGGCGGGGCCAAGGCUAAGUGCACAUUAUAUUACGCCGACAUUUAGCACUCUAAUAGUCACGAGUUGGGACACGUUCUUAAUAGCUAAGCGUACUAGAUAAUGCAUGAGCACAUAUACAUCUAACAUAUAGUCUAACAUGGUUGCCCUCGGUAAGUGUCGCUUUGGGGCUGAUUGCUGGUAUGGCCGGUUUGCAUGCAGAUACUACCACCCCCUGGAUGAGGUUUCUGCAGUCGAAUACGUGGACAGCAUCGCACUGGAUUCCUCUGGUGUUGGACUGGUUGAUAGCCAAGUAGAGAUAGAUGACGGGAUCGCUGGUUGUCUGUCAGUCCCAUGCGAGCCGCUCAGUCUUAGGGAGUGCGCUAUAGCCGCACUGGCUCGAAGAUAUAGCAACCCUGAUGCUGCCAAAGGCGUGCACGAGUUGUACAUUGAUCCGUGUCCACGUAAGGUACACAGCCAGCUGUUGUCGUCCUUCAGCUUGAUUCCGUUACUGGAGCUCAAGAAGUCUAAGUCCUUGAAAAGGUCCAUCACACCCAAUGUUCUCAAACUGUCGACGGACACCGACGCGUUUAAGUGGGAAACUGUAAAACUGCUGCGAAAAGCAGACUCGAAAUUUGAUCUGGGUGAGGACGUCGAGUUGUCAGAAUACAUCGGGUCUGACGAAGAUUGGAUUCGUUUCCGCUCGGCCGCCUUGAAGUCCGUCGAUAGCACGGUGCGGUUCUGGGCUCUUUACAAGAAGCGCUUUCCGUGGAUGAUGACCUCGGCAGACUGCUCAACACAGAAAGAGUUCUUACACGAAAAAAGACUAUUCCUGGAGGAGUUAAGGGUUGAGUCGGGCAUCAAAGCCAGCUGGCCUAGCUAUCGCACUGCGCGUGGAGGUGAAGCCUUUGGCAAGCAUUCCGGUAAGGUAAUGAAGUUAUGGGAAGCACGCCUCAAGGCUACCACAGAAGUGGCUGCCUGGGUGUGAGCGCUAAUAGUGUUAGAGAGAUAUUCAGUUUGAAUAAAUGAAUUUGCGAAUCAUUAAAAAAGGCAUUUUAGUGGGCUUUCCCAUUGUACUCGAU